GAGUGCGUCUCCAUCCACGUGGGCCAGGCGGGGGCGCAGAUGGGCAAUGCCUGCUGGGAGCUCUACUGCCUGGAGCACGGCAUCCAGCCCAAUGGCACCAUGCCCAGCGACAAGGCCCUGGCGAGUGGCGAUGACUCCUUCAACACCUUCUUCAGUGAGACGGGGGCUGGCAGGCGCGUGCCCCGGGCUGUCUUUGUGGACCUGGAGCCUUCUGUCAUAGAUUGGAUAAGAACUGGCAUUUACAGGCGGCUCUUCCACCCCGAGCAGCUGAUCUCUGGCAAGGAGGACGCUGCCAACAACUAUGCCCGUGGCCACUACAGUGUGGGGAAGGAGCUCAUCGACCUGGUGCUGGAGCGAGUCCGCAAGCUGACAGACCAGUGCACCGGGCUUCAGGGAUUUCUGAUCUUCCAUAGCUUUGGAGGUGGCACGGGCUCAGGCUUUACCUCCCUGCUGAUGGAGCGGCUCUCUGUUGACUAUGGCAAGAAGUCCAAGUUGGAGUUCGCUAUCUAUCCAGCCCCCCGAGUGUCCACGGCGGUCGUAGAGCCCUAUAACUCCAUCCUGACCACCCACACCACCCUGGAACACUCAGAUUGUGCCUUCAUGGUAGACAAUGAGGCCAUCUAUGAUAUCUGCCACCGCAACCUGGACAUCGAGCGCCCUACCUACACCAGCCUCAACCGGCUCAUCGGCCAGAUUGUGUCCUCCAUCACGGCCUCACUGCGUUUUGAUGGUGCCCUCAACGUGGACCUCACGGAGUUCCAGACAAAUCUUGUGCCCUACCCCCGUAUCCACUUUCCGCUGGUGACCUACUCUCCCAUCAUCUCGGCCGAGAAGGCCUACCAUGAGCAGCUCUCCGUGGCAGAGAUCACCAAUGCCUGCUUUGAACCUUCCAAUCAGAUGGUCAAGUGUGACCCUCGCCAUGGCAAGUACAUGGCCUGCUGCAUGCUCUACCGUGGAGACGUGGUGCCCAAGGAUGUGAAUGCCGCCAUCGCUACUAUCAAGAGCAAGCGCAACAUCCAGUUUGUGGACUGGUGUCCCACAGGUUUCAAGGUUGGCAUCAACUACCAGCCCCCCACAGUGGUGCCCGGGGGCGACCUGGCCAACGUGCAGCGGGCAGUCUGCAUGCUGAGCAACACCACGGCCAUCGCCGAGGCCUGGGCCCGCCUCAACCACAAGUUCGACCUGAUGUACGCCAAGCGGGCGUUCGUGCACUGGUACGUGGGCGAGGGCAUGGAGGAAGGGGAGUUCUCUGAGGCUCGAGAGGACCUGGCCGCCCUGGAGAGGGAUUACGAAGAAGUAGGCGCGGAGUCUGUGGACGGAGAGGAUGACAGUGAGGAGUUCUAGCGGGUCCUGGUACCUGCAGCGCCUGGCUCUGGCGCCCCAGU